AUAUUUUAUAAUGACAACUUCAACUGUUUUUGUCUUUGCAUUCGUCUUGCUCUUUCUUGCUACACAAGGAAAUUGUCAGUGCGAUGCUGUAUCAAAUUUUAAAAUUACUCAAACUGCAACGGGACAAAAAAUACAAAAUAAGCCAGAAUGGAAAACGAUCGUGACAAACGAUUGCUUGUGUACAAGAGACGAGAUCAAAUUGGACUGCACUGGAUUUCAAACUGUAGAAACAGUUGAUCCGUCGAAAUUGAAGGUCACCGGUACUGAAGGUCUCCUUAAUAACGGAGACGUUGUUCGGGGACAUGAAUCUGUUAGUUUCACUUAUGCUUGGGAUAGCCCUUUCCAGUUUAAGGUGACUGGCUCCGGUGUUGCUUGUUCUUAAAGGUAGACGUUAAAGAGA